CAUAACUCCACUGGAAUCAGUUGUCUGGCUCUAUGAUAUUAGAGCGCAAAACAGAAAUGUUUUUCUCCCGUCGCCGAUUCCUGAAAUUUGUGUCUUUUCCACGCUAGUAGAAAUAAGUAAGAGUACAUGUGGCCGUACUUUCGCCCGAUAUGGUACAAAAAUGAUAACGUUAAUUUAGUUAACUUCGCAAGAAGAAAAAUUAUGAAGCCUAGUGAAGUUCUAACUGGAGCAGAAAGUGAGGUUUCUGCUGAGGAAAUGGAGUGUGAGAUGCAGGCUAGAGAGUUCUUUGUGCACAUUGGAAUGCUCAUUCUGGAAGGGCGUACUCCACAGUGUUCAGAGAAAGGCAGAGUGGAAGGACCUCAUUGUUUGUCCCUUUUCAGUGUGGUUUCUCAUGUCUGUGACCAGAAAGGAAACUAUGAUUGCCAGAAAGUAUGUGAAAGAAAGGCAAAGAUGGAUGCUUUAUGGGAGAACAGCCUUCCUAUGGUGAUAAGUGUUUUAAUACAAGAGCCUGCUCAGAGCAGUUUGAUUUUACUGGAAAGAUGGACAGUUGGAGUAGUGAAUGGGUGGGAUGCUGCUCAUGGCUGUACUCAGUCUGGUAGCAUGCUCAUGCAGGCCAUAAGGUCACACAUUCAUUUUUCACAGCUGAGUGCUUGGCUGAGCAGAAGUAAAGGAUCUCUACCUUCUAAUAUCAUUUACAGAGUAUCUGAAACUGGAGAGGAAUCCCCAUCAAAUAGCUUUCUUAAAGAUCCAGAUCUGCAUGUGUUUCCUGUGGCAAAUCUCCACAGCAACAGAGUAUUGCGUGUCAGUGUUCAUUCCCUACCAAGAUGUGACUUAUUUAAUUUUGCGGAUGAAAUCCUGGCAUCGAAGAUUGAUCAACUUAAUGCCAGUCAUGAAACCCACAAAAAUGGACUGGAGGGCUCAAACUCAAAUGAUAAAUUGUUCACUUCUCCCUUGAAGAAGAAGUCUUGUAUGAAAGAGCUUGAAGCUGAUACCCAUUCGCAGACAUUAAAAGGAAAUAAUCUUGCAAAUAAACAGAACUGUUUGAACAUUACAAAUCCCUCCACCAGCAGAACUUUUGAGGAUCAGAUAGAAAGACACUGUGACCAGAAUGUAUUGAUUUCCCCGAAGAUGUCACAGGAAAGCUUGAAAAAGAGUUUUUUGAAGAUUAGAAGUCUUAGUGAAGGAACACCAGGAAUAUCUCUACAGGCACAAACAAAACAACACAACUUAAAUAAAACACACAAACCCACUCAAAACAUAGAAACAAAAAAGAGUCGUGAUCCUGAGAUGUCCUCAAGUAUCCAUAUUCCCAAAGGAGUCCUCCAGGCACUUAAAACUCAGCAUGUUGGCGCUGGUACUCUUCCCAUCUUCAAUUCAAGAACUGGUCUUCCAGUAUCUUCAAGCCCAGCUCCUCUGCGUCGAUCCGCUACAGAUUUGGACAUUGAAGAUGACUCUAGAGAGCAAAUGAAUGGAUUUUCAAAUAAAUCAAGUUCAAAAGACCUAACAUCCAUACUUAGCAAAAGUGCACCAGCUUCUACAACCCAGAGUCUCUUAGGAAACUUUGAGGAAUCUGUGUUGAAUGGUAGAAUGGAGCCAUUGGGAACUGUUGAGGGUUUUACAGCUGAGUUAGGUGCCAGUGGAUGUUUCUGUCCUGCUCAUGUCAGGCUGCCUGUGAAGGCUUAUUUCUUCAGCCUUUCAGAUGACAAUGCUCCAUCACCUUAUUUGACUCUGUUCAACCCGAACAAGACUGUGGUGAAAAUGUUUGUAGUUCUGUAUGACUUCAGUGACAUGCCACCGAAGUCUCAAACAUUUCUACGCCAGAGGACGUUUUCUGUUUGGAGACACGCUUGUCAAUCAACUGAGGGUCGUAAUUCCUUACACUAUCUUAUACACUUGAGAUUUGUAAGCUCCAAAUCUGGCAGAUUGUAUCUUCACACAGACAUCAGAGUAAUAUUUGCACGUCAACCCCCGGACCUCCCUAGUGGGGUGAAAUUUUGUACAGUGACGGAUGGACCAACAGAACCUCGUUACACAAAAUACAAUCAUAAAUUAGUAUAAAGAGUAGUGCUAGCUUUCUUAAUUUAUUAUGAAUAUAACAAUAUUGAUAGUGAUUUAUAUUUGCAAAUAAUUUGAAGAAAGGAUUUAUCUCAGUAAGAGCAGUUUACACGCAUCAAUUUUGCCUUACUGCUCUUGUAAAUGGUCCAGAAAAUCGUACCUCUUUCUUGACCAGAAUGAGGAAAGUUGAAACAGCUACGUUUUCCGCGCGUGAUACUACGGAAGUGAACUUACUUUGAGUACUGAUUGGCUUAAGUGGUAUUUAUCCUUGGCUCUGAUUGGCCGGUUCGGUUACUUCCGGUUUGCCUUUGGUUUCAUGGCGUUCUAGCGCUUUAUCCUCUGCAAACAUUUAUUUUUACCCUCUUGAAUCAAAUUCAAAGAGCUGACUUGAGCCCCUCGUUAAUACCGUGCAUAACCAGAUGACUCGAAAAAAAAAUUGUUUACGCUGUCAUUCACACUGGAUGAUAAAAUGCUGGUCCAUAUCACAGCAACCUUUUUUAACCAAUGAAGUCAAAUGAUCUACUAUUUUUUAUUUUUGAUACCAUUUUUUGUUUAUUCCAAACUAGGUAGGUUAUUCCAAUUUUCUUUUGUUACAUGUAACUCUUCGAAUUACUUUUUGGUAUUUGUAUAUAACAGCGCUACGCUUUAAAGCAAGUAAAAUAUAAAUUUAUUUAAGAAGGCUUUAAGUCCUGCAAAAUAGCAACAGGUAAUUUUUGAAUUAAGAAAAAUAUGAAAGUAACGGCCGCAUAGCUCGAGAUGAGGAGAAAUUGCGUUACUUAAUUCUGUUGAAUUAAAAAAUUACAUAUAUUAGCUAUUUAAGAAUUACGUGCCCAUGAUAAAGUUAUAGGACGAAAUCAUCAGUUUUUGAAAUGUCUCUGAAAGUAAAACUAAAGUAUUUCAUAAAUAUUGUGUUGACAACUAUUUUCAAGUAUGUAGGCAAUUGAAAGUAUUAUGGAUUACUGCUCUGUGUUAUCACGUUGAAUCAGCAAUGGAAAUUCAAUUAAAUAAUCAACGAUGCAAUAAAUUGGCCAUCAUGUU